AUGGCCAAACAUCUCCUCACAGUUUUUGGUGCCACAGGCAAUCAGGGAGGAGGAGUUAUCAAAACCUUCCUGGGCAAUCCUACUCUCUCCUCACAAUUUUCACUUCGAGCCAUAACUCGCAACACUUCAUCGGAUAAGGCUAAAGCACUUGCCUCACAAGGUGUUGACCUCGCAGUCGGUGACCUCAAUGACCUCGAAAGUCUCAAGGAGGCCAUCAAAGGCAGUUACGCAGUUUUUGCUGUAACCAACUACUGGGAGACUAUGUCCAGUCCAAAGGAGAUUCAACAAGGCAAGAAUAUUGCUGAUGCAUGUAUCGCAACUAGUGUGAAGCACGUGGUCUGGAGUGCUCUUCCAAAUGUAACAGAAUUGACCGGCGGCAAGUUGAAAGCCGUGGAGCACUUUGAUGGUAAGAGCGAGGUCGCGCGCUAUAUGGAUAGUAUCAAAAAGCAAACGGGCAUGAUUACCACUUUCUUCAUGCCGGCCUUCUACGCAUCGAACUUCAAGACCAUGACACGGUCCAGCCCUUAUGUGAAUGAUGGCGUGCCGACAUUGACUCUACCAUGGGAUUUGGAAAAGACUCAGGUCCCGAUCUUCAACCCUUCAAAGGACGGCGGUCCAUUCGUCGCUGGUAUAGUUAGCUAUCCCGAUCCUGCGGAAUUGGAUGGGAAGUGGAUCCAAGCUGUUGGUGAAUGGAAGACACCUGCAGAAAUUGUGGCCGAGAUGUCGGAGGUUAUUGGACGCGAGAUCAAAUUCAACUCAGUUCCAGAGGAUGUGUAUCAGGGCUUUCUGCCAGAGAACAUUGCAAAGGAGCUGACUGAAAACAUGGUUCUUGUUCGGGACUAUAGUUAUUACGGUGUGGGCACCGAGAAGCAGCAGGCAGAAAGUAACAAGGUAUUGGAGCCGUUGGGGUUGAAGGCAGGAACUUUCAAGGAGUAUGUCAAGGAGGAUGGGCCAUGGGAGUUUUGA